CAUCAAUUCAUUAAGGCUCGUCUCGUCAUCUAGGACGCAGCGCUGCCGGCGGCGGCUUUUCCUCUAUAUUUACCACCGCGUAUGUUGGUUGCUGCUUCUAGAAUGUUGCGUACUUCCAUCACACAGUCUGCACGCUGUGCAGGCGCCGCCACCACCAGUGGCCGCCCCUUCGGCGCCGCUGCGGCCGCCGCGACUGCUGGGCGCCGGCCUGGCGCCGUGACGGCGGGCGCUGUGGCGGAGGCGGUCCAGACGCUGACCAUCACGCGCCCCGAUGACUGGCACCUGCACGUGCGCGACGGCCAGCCCAUGCGGGACGUGGUUCCCCACACCGCCCGCCACUUCGCUCGCGCCAUCAUCAUGCCCAACCUGGUCCCGCCCGUCAACACCACCCAGGCGGCCAUCGAGUACGGCAAGCGCAUCUCGGCGGCUGUGCCGGCCGGUGUGGACUUCACCCCCCUCAUGACGCUGUACCUCACCGACCGGACCACACCCGAGGAGGUGUACGCCGCCAAGGCCGCGGGCUGCGUGGCCUUCAAGCUGUACCCGGCCGGCGCCACCACCAACUCCGACUCGGGCGUCACCGACCUCAACAAACCCCUGGCGGCGCUCAAGGCCAUGGCGGAGGCCGGCGUGCUGCUGCUGGUGCACGGCGAGGUGACGGACCCGGAGGUGGACAUGUUUGACCGCGAGGCCGUGUUCAUCACACAGAAGCUGCUGCCGCUGCUGGACAAGGUGCCUCAGCUAAAGGUGGUCAUGGAGCACAUCACCACCAAGGACGCGGCCGACUUCGUGGCCUCGGCGCCCGCCAACGUGGCCGCCACCAUCACGCCGCAGCACAUGCUCAUGAACCGCAACGCGCUGUUCGCAAAGGGGCUGCGGCCGCACAACUACUGCCUGCCCAUCCUCAAGCGCGAGAAGCACCGCGAGGCCAUCAUGGGUGCGGCUGUGAGCGGCAGCCGCAAGUUCUUCCUGGGCACCGACUCGGCGCCGCACCCCAAGCACGCCAAGGAGAGCUCGUGCGGCUGCGCGGGCAUGUUCUCGGCCCCCGUGGCCCUGGCCAUCUACGCCACCGCCUUCGAGAAGGCGCAGGCGCUGGACAAGCUGGAGGGCUUCGCCAGCUUCCACGGCCCCGACUUCUACGGCCUGCCGCGCAACACCGACAAGCUGACUCUGGUGCGCAGUCCGCAGGUGGUGCCGGAGAGCUACGCCUUCGGGGACAGCACCGUCAUCCCCAUGUGGGCGGGCGAGCAGAUCCCCUGGAGUGUGCAGGCAUGAAGCCAGGAGGAGGGGAGGGGGCAAGGAGGGCAGGGGGCUGGGGAGGAGGGGCCUGGGGAGGAGGGGGAGGGGGUGCUUGGGAGGGGCUGGGAGCUGAAGCUGGCGGUGCGGUGGUGAGGCCGGCGGGGCCGUUGAGGCGCGCGGUGGGGGGCUGGUGGUAGGAAGAGGUGGCGGUGGCGGUGGCGGGGAUGUUGGCGGCGGCGGCGGCGGUGGUGGCGGUGAUGGUGGGUGUCGUGUGGUGGUGGGGUGUGUGGUGGGGGUGGCAGCUGGGGUGGAGUCUGGGGGAACUACGCCGCACCGUGCGGUGUGUGGCACAAGUGGCCGGGCGCGUGGCGUUUCCGUACGGCGCGUUGAUGCGGAGGCGAUUUGAGGAAUGCGAUGAACGCCUGGCCGGCUGGCCUGAACUAAUGUGGAUGAUGAGGUGCACGGAUAGGGUUACAGACUUACAGGUGUGAGCAAAGGUCCGUGAGAACGCCCUCACGAGCUUCGUGAGCUGUGACGUCGUGUUGAGCCGGGCAGCUGUGGAGCUGUUUCUUCCCUCAGUGAGGCAGCCUGGACGUGUCAAUCCUGAAGCAAGUUCAGGACUGGCACUGCCGAAGGCAGCACCAAUGGAAGCCCCUUGCCUGGACACUUCGCCUGGUCAAUCGCACAGCAUCAGAGGCCCGGGACGGGGAGCCACUCAGCCACAGAACAAGCCCUGCCGGCCUGCCCAAAGGCCCAGGCAACAAUCAGCCAGCUACUUCGGUGUGUAACAGUGACAGCCC